CGCCUCGCGGGUUUUCUUCCAUCUCGGGCUCAUUUUUUCUGCGCGGUUUACCUCCUCCGAUCCGUGCAAUGCUGACGAGCCUCCAUCCAAACCCUGUUCCCAACCGAUCCCAGAGGUGAAGGUCCCCAUCAUCCAUCCAUCCCACCACCACCACCUUCUUCUUCCUCCUCCUCCUCCCCUCUCUCUCCUCUUCUGCCUCUCCUUUUAUUACUCUACUCAUUAGCUUUUGGUUGGUUGGUUGGUUCCCUUCUUGAGACCCAAAACCCAACUGGGAGGAGAGAGGAGGAACGACACAUCCAUCCAUCUCCCACCAAGAGAGAGACAGAGCCAAGAACCGGACACAACAAGAGAGAGAGUGGUAAAAGGGAGCAGCAGGCCGCGCGAGCUAGGCUCCCCGAGAUCCGCGAGAUCCGGCCGCCGGCUCAUGCCACUGCCGCGCCGUGCCGGGUUCUUGGGUUCUUGGCGCGGCGGGGAUUGGUGAGCUGGCCGCAGCCGUUCCCUGCGGCGUUGGGGUGGGAGGAGGGGGAGAGAGAGCACACGUCCAUGGCGGCGUGGUCGCGGUUCUUGGAGGCGGGGGAGGGUGACGAAGAUGAGUUCUUUGACUCGAGGGAGGUCAUGUCGCCGGCGUCCGUCUCUUCGCCGGCGAGCUCCGGGCGCCACGACGGCGGGUUGCGCUACGAGGAGCCCCUGCUUGACCUGUGGGCUGCCGACCCGUGCAGCGUCCAUGAGCGCCGUCUGAGGUUCAUCAGGUCCUUGGGCCUCUCGGAUUCGGGCCGCUCCGACGGCGACCGGCCUGACGAGGAGCCAUGCUCGAGGUCCAGUGCCACAGAAGAGAUCCUCCCGGGCAGCCCCAGCGCCGAGUUGUUCUCAGCUGCCCCCAGUUUUGCAUAUAGAUGGGAGGAGCCGGGAGCGUCGGGCGGUGGCGGCAGCACAGAGGAGGUCCUGGAUUGUGUCUUCAAGAACUUGGACGAUGGUACAGUGUUUGUAGUCGACGAGAUGGGAAAAGAUGGGAGCUUUCGAAGCCUUAGGGACAGGCGAUCCAAUCGGACAGUUACUGCAGCAGAAUUCGAAAGGACCUUCGGCUCAUCCCCGUUCAUCCGUGAGCUGAUGCGGCGGGUGGAUGAUUCAGAUGAGUCCUCUGCUGUGGAUAAGGCUGUGGUGAGGGGGAGGAGGAGGAGGAGAAGGUUUGGAUGGCUGCGGAGGCUGGGCAUCGGUGGCUGUGUCGUCGAUGUGGAGGACGACGACGAGACGAAUUCAACAUCCUCCAGUUCUUGUCAGAGUUGCGCUGGGAAGGUUAACAGGGUCAAGGUAAGGCCUUACAAGAAGAGGUCAAAGGAAUUGUCUGCGGUGUACAGGGGGCAAGACGUCAAGGCACACGAAGGCGCAAUUGUGACCAUGAAGUUUAGCUCUGAUGGACAGUAUCUGGCCACUGGAGGGGAGGAUGGGGUUGUGCGUGUGUGGAGGGUGGUGGAGGGAGAGAGGCCCAAUGAGCUAGACUUUGCUGAGGAUGAUCCGUCAUGUGUGUUCUUCACAGUCAAUGAAAACUCCGAAUUGGCUCCUGUCUACUCCAGUGAAGGGAGUAAGAGCAAGCACUAUAAGAAUUCAAAGGUGUCGUCAGAUCCAGCCUGUGUUGUGAUCCCUCAUAGGACGUUUGCGUUAUCUCAGGUGCCGGUGCAUGAAUUCUAUGGACACGAUGAUGCGAUUCUGGAUCUUUCGUGGUCAAAAAAUAGGGACUUACUUUCUGCAUCCAUGGAUAAAACUGUACGCUUGUGGCAGGUUGGGUGCAAUAGUUGCCUGAAGGUUUUCUCCCACACUAACUAUGUGACAUGUGUGCAGUUUCAGCCUACCAGUGACAAUUAUUUUAUUAGUGGUUGUAUCGAUGGAUUGGUUCGUAUAUGGGAUGUUCAUAGAUGUCAAGUCAUGGACUGGGCUGAUAGCAAAGAGAUAAUUACUGCGGUUUGUUACCGACCUGAUGGAAAGGGCGCAGUGGUUGGGACCAUAACAGGGAAUUGUCGCUACUAUGAUGCAUCAGAAAAUCACCUAGAACUGGAAUCUCAAGUUGCUCUCAAUGGAAGAAAGAAAUCUCCGCUUAAAAGAAUAAUUGGUUUCCAGUACUGCCCAUCUGAUCCAAAGAAAUUGAUGGUAACAUCUGGUGACUCACAAGUCCGCGUUCUUGAUGGGCAUCAUGUAAUUUCCAAUUACAAAGGACUGCGAAACUCAAGUCAAGUUGCCGCAUCAUUCACACCAGACGGAGAUCACAUUAUAUCUGCUAGUGAUGAUUCCAGUAUCUACAUGUGGAACUAUGCAAACCAGAUAGCACCCGUCACAAACCAUGUGAAGACUGUAUGGUCAAAUGAGCACUUCUCCUGCCAUGACGUGGCCAUUGCGAUACCAUGGAAUGCCUCUCAAACAAGGAAUUCUAUUUCACUGGCCUGCAAUAUCACUUCUUCACGGCAAGAAGUCUCUGAUGAGUUCAAGAACGAACAUGAUAGUGCACUAUGCUCUCAUCCUGAGGAUUCCCCUGAUGGUGAUAGCUUGUAUCAAUUGCCAUCUGGGAAUUUCACCCUUAGCAGUGCCUUCUUUGCGGAAUCUGCUCCAAGGGGAUCAGCAACAUGGCCAGAGGAGCAGUUGCCAUCCAAUUCAUCAACACAGUCUACCUUGCGGAAAUCUCAGUACAAGUUCCUGAAGGCUUCUUGCCAGAAUGCUGCUACGCAUGCCUGGGGCCAGGUCAUAGUUGCUGCAGGCUGGGAUGGCUACAUCAGAUCUUUCCAGAACUAUGGCUUACCUGUGCAAGUGUGACAUGGUACUAGGCAUGCAUCCUUUACCAUUGAUAUUCCAUGGCAAAAGCUUCGGUAUGCCUUGAGAAGCCUGGCUGGCUGAACUUGACUCCUGUCCUGAUUCAUUAUUUCAGCACAAAGCGUCACAUGGCUGGUGCUUGUGCUGAAUUGCUUGUGGACCAGAAGUUGUAUGUAGUCCGAGUGGUCCUCCAAGAUCUUGACAGCGUCAACACAUUGUAGCAAGGCCCAGGGAAGAUGAAUCGUCUCGCAGAAUUAUGGAAAUGCAUGUGGGGUUUGGGCAGCACUACCUUGAUGUUCUUUCUUUCUUUUCUUUGUUUUGGCUCUCUUAGGGCCAUUCGUAAAUAUAUAUAGGAGACAUACAUAUUUUUGCUGAGUUGAUCUUCCCUUGCCCAAACCGGAUAGUCGACGGACAGGGGCAAGCGGAGAGCUAGAAUUCACUGUUGGAUAGGAAAAAUUCAGAGUUGGGGGGUGCACAUACUACUGGAUUCGUUUCAUUUGUUCACACUUCAUGAUUCAUAGCCUGCUUGAGUGGAUCUAUGAGGGACUGUACUACUG